AUGAAUCUGGCCGGGUUCUCCUUCUUCUCGGAUAUGUGCACGAUGACAGCCGACUCCCUCCACUCGCCCAGCCAGGGGGCCAGCCCCGGCUCCCCGGCUCUGCACCGGGCCUCCCCCUCGGGCUGCAAGGUGGAGCCCUUGCUGAUCAAAGCCGAGCCCCGGGGGAGCCCGACCGAGAGAAGAGGCGAGCAGCCGGCCGAGGAGCAGCCCCCUUGCCCGGGCACGGGCGGGAGCGGCGGCGGCCGUCGGAGGAAGCGGCCGGUGCAGCGGGGCAAGCCGCCCUAUUCCUACAUCGCCCUGAUCGCCAUGGCCAUCGCCAACGCGCCCGAGCGGCGGCUGACGCUGGGCGGCAUCUACAAGUUCAUCACCGAGCGCUUCCCCUUCUACCGCGAGAACCCCAAGAAGUGGCAGAACUCCAUCCGCCACAACCUGACCCUCAACGACUGCUUCGUCAAGAUCCCCCGCGAGCCGGGCAACCCGGGCAAGGGCAACUACUGGACGCUGGACCCGCAGUCCGAGGACAUGUUCGACAACGGCUCCUUCCUGCGCCGGAGGAAGCGCUUCAAGCGCACCGACCUCACCACCUACCCGGGCUACGUGCACAGCGCCAGCGCCUUCACCCCCAACCCGGGGCCCGUCGCCCGGCCGGGCCCUUGCAACGGCUCCGCGGCCGUGGGCUACCCGAGCCCCGGGGGCGGCCCCCUCUAUUCGCCCGGGGUCGCCUACGGCACCCAACUGCCCGGCCUGCCCCAGUACCCGGGCACGGUGGCGCUCCCGCCGCGGAUGUUCAGCAUCGACAGCCUCAUCAGCUCCCAGCAGCAGCAGCAGCACUGCCACGUGGCUAACCCGGAGGCCUGUUUCCAGGCGCAGCCGGUCAGCCCGGGCUUGCUGGGCCGACAGCCCCCGGCCAUGAGCUACCCGUACUCGGCCUCGCCGCCGGGCCCCCUGUCGGUGCCGCCGGGCGCCUAUUCCCCUCCCAACGCGCAGCUCUACGGCGCCCCCAACCGGCUGGCGUUGCCACCGGGGCGCCCGGCCACUGCCUGCGCCGAGCACGCGGAGCAACUGCUCGGCCUCGCUGCUUCCCAGCUGAACGGACUGGGCCAGUUCGGAGCGGGGCCCAAUAACUCUUACAUGAGGCAGCCCAGUUUCCCCGCCGGCCUGGAAAGGUACCUGUGA